AUGAAAAAAACUUGGACGGCUCCAUCUUCUUUUGAUUUCAAUAAUGCAUCACGGAAAAAAUUAAAAAUUGAUACUAAUUUAAUUAAAUCUGAAUUACCUGAAUUGUCGGAGCCAAAGUCUUUACAAGAUUUGACUGUAAAUUCUCGCAAAGUAUCUGAAGUUCGGCGAUGGGUGUCCAGACGUAAUUUCGAAUUGUCUCCCAUUCUUUUAAUAUGUGGACCUCCAGGAUCUGGUAAAACUACGACUUUAAAACUUGUGGCCGAAGCUGAAGGAAUGUCAGUUGUUGAAUGGAUAACUCCCAUAUCAAAGGUGAUUACAGACAAUAUUAUCGAAGAUGAAUAUGGUGAUAAAAGUUUUUACGAUAUGUCUGAAAGCAAAAAAUUUGAGGAUUUUAUUGCCAGGAGUAGCAGGUAUCCUUCAUUGUUCCAACCUAAGAGACCUACAUUUAUAAUUGUAAAAGAUAUUCCAAAUGUAUUCAUUUGGAAACCUGACCUCUUUCAUUCUUUUCUUGAAAAGUAUAAAACAUUUAAUAAAACUCCAAUAGCAUUUGUUAUUACCGAUGAUGAAACAUUGGAUCUUCAUAAUUCUCUGUUUCCAAAUGAUAUCAAAGUGAAAUUAAAUAUUAGUUUAAUUAAAUUUAAUCCUAUUAGUGACACACUCUUUAAAUUAAAUGCUGAAAAUUUAGAAACCAUUGUUAAAAAUUCAUGUGGUGAUUUACGAAGUGCUCUUCUCGAUACUGUGAUACAACUAAGAACUAAUGAAAUAAGUGAUAAUCAAAUAAAUAAAAAGAGAAAACUGAAUAAAUUAAAUGAUGACACAUUGUCAGUUAGCAAUAAUUGUUUAUCUGCAAGAGAUCACGGUUAUGAUUUCUAUAAAAAAAUGGGUAGGAUAUUAUAUCCGAAAAGGUCUGAAGAAAAUUCAUCACAGUGUUCAUCGCAAACAGGAGAUCUUGUUCAUAAUAUUUUAGAAAUUGCAGAAAAUUGGAAUAAAUCAUAUCAAAGUUUUUUACAUGAAAAUUAUUUACUGACAUGUAGUAACUUUCAAGAUGCAACUAUCGAAGCUGAUCAUUUUAGUUUUUGUGAUGUUUUAGCUCGUCAUGUUGAAAUGGAAAAAUAUCUCAGUAUUAUUACUGUUGCUGGUUUAAUGACUGCCAAUAGUCAACCGAAAAAGAGUGGAUUUCAUCCAUUUAAAAAGUCUACAAAUUUAUAUAAUAUGAGAGAAACUAAAUUUUCAUUUAACGAGUCUAGUAUUCUUAGAUUUGGAGUGAGUGAAAAAAAUUUUGCUUUAGAUGUAGCUCCAUUAAAAUAUUGGUUGCAAAUAGGAUCAGAUUCAACUUGUAGAACAUUAUGUACUUCUACCAUUGAAAAUAUUGUUAGAAAGUCUCAAAAUAAUGUCAUGCCUUUUUCAAAUUCACAAGAAAAAUCUGGUAAACCUACGGAAUCUAAUAUGGUUGAUUCGAGUGAAGAAGAAGAAGAAGACAAUUUAGAAAUUGAUGAUGAUUCAGAGUAA